UAAUGGUCAAAUACUUGAGCUUUCAGACAGAAUGGCUUCAUCCCUUGUUUGUGAUGGAAUGCUACUAAUUUAAUUAGCUUUCAGACAGCAAUGAAAUGAAAUGUGAGAGAGAGAUGGAGACUUGAGUUUUACAUCUUGUACCACGUGGAGGCAACCCUCAAAUCUCACAGUUUUUUCACUUUGCCAUAUGCAUCACAAAAGAGAAAGCUAUUAAAUAAAUCACCCAAAUGCGUCUGUUUCCAGCCAAGCUUGGCAGUUUUUCCAUUUCAUCAAACCACUCACUCCUCCAUGCCAGCUCUCCUUGAUACCUUCAACUUUCUUGAAACUGUAAUUUUUUAUUUUUUAUUUUGACACUAACCCACACACACAAUCUGCCCAGAGCAGAGAUCCCACUUUACCGUUUCUAUAGAGAAGAUUCCCAAACAAUAGUAUAAAAGACAAAAAUUUCGCAUCCACCCCUUUACAGCAAAAUGUUGAAUUUUGGAAAUGGGAAAAAUGGAAUCUUUUGUGUGAGCAGAGGCACAGAAGCAAGAACUGGAUCCAGCAAAGUAUAAUGCUGGGAUUAUGUUGGGAACAUGAGAAUUCGAGGUACAACACUCCACUGCAUUGUGUUCCUUUAUGCAUUUUGUCUGCUUGAAUUUUUGGUGGUUGUAGUCUCUCCAAUCACGGAGAAGGAGAUUCUUCUUCAAUUUAGAGGCAACAUUUCUAGCGACCCUUUUGAUAGUUUGAGCUCUUGGAUUCCUAGUAAUAGCCCUUGCGAAGAUUACCAAGGGGUGUUCUGUAAUUCUAAUGGGAAUGUGGUGAAGAUUGUGUUGUGGAACACUAAUCUUGAUGGAGUUUUGUCACCUUCUUUGUCAGGAUUGAAAUCACUUAGGAUUAUAACCUUGUUUGGUAAUAAGUUAACUGGUAAUAUCCCUUUUGAGUAUGGACAGCUUAGUACAUUGUGGAAGAUAAACUUGAGCUCCAAUGCUCUCUCAGGAUCAAUCCCAGAGUUUCUUGGAGAUUUGCCAAACAUUAGGUUUCUUGAUUUGUCUAGGAAUGGGUAUAGUGGUGAGAUUCCUUCAACAUUGUUCCAGAAUUGCUACAAGACUAGGUUUGUUUCCUUGGCUCAUAACAAUCUAUCAGGGCCAAUCCCCGUCUCAGUUGGUAAUUGUUCGAAUCUAGAAGGGAUCGAUGUGUCUUUCAACAGUCUCAGUGGGGCGUUGCCGUUGCAAAUUUGCAGCCCUCCGAGGAUGAUGUACUUGUCAGUGAGGAGUAAUAUGCUAUCAGGGGCUGUUGAGGAACAGCUUUCACAAUGUAGGAGCUUGAAUCUUUUGGAUCUUGGUAGCAAUAUGUUUACCGGGGCAGCCCCGUUUGGGGUUCUUGGAUUGCCAAAUCUUACUUAUUACAAUGUUUCGUGGAAUAUGUUGGAAGGGGAGAUUCCGGAGAUAGUUUCUUGCACGAAAUUAGAAGUGUUUGAUGUUUCUGGGAAUGCUUUGUAUGGAGAGGUUCCUUCAAGCAUCACUAAGUGCAGUGCCCUUAAAUAUUUAGAUUUGGGUUUUAACAGGCUUAAUGGAAGUAUACCUGAUGGAUUAUCUGGUUUGAGGAAUCUGGUGCUGCUUCGAUUGGCAAGUAACUCGAUAGAUGGGAUGAUUCCUGCAGAGAUUGGUGGUAUAGAAUGGCUUGAAGUGCUUGAUUUAGACAAUCUCAGACUUCAUGGUGAGAUUCCUAACGAGAUCACACAAUGCCGGUUUCUUCUUGAACUGAACGUCUCCGGGAACUCUUUAGUGGGAGGGAUUCCACAAAACCUUGAGAACAUGACACAUCUUGUGAUUCUCGACCUCCAUCACAACCAGCUUAACGGAAGCAUACCACCGACCAUCGGAAACUUGUCUAAACUAUAUUAUUUGGAUUUAUCCGACAACUUACUCUCCGGUCCAAUUCCUUCUACACUUGGGAAUAUAAACAAUCUAUCUCAUUUCAAUGUCUCUUAUAACAACCUUUCUGGUCCUAUCCCUUCAGUCCAAAGCAUCAAGCAGUUUGGAUACUACGCGUUUUUCCACAAUGCAGGUCUGUGUGGUGCUCCUUUAGAAAACUCCUGCUCGGGCAGUGCUUCCACUCCGUCUGCAAGGAAGCCAAAGCUGAGCGCCUCUGCAAUUGUCGCCAUAGUGGCUGCUGCCUUGAUUGUUGCAGGUGUCUGCAUCAUCACAGUCAUCAACACAAGGGCUCGUCGUGGGAGGAGAACUGAGGAGGAAACUAUGAUUGUAGAAAGCACUCCGCUAGCUUCAACAGAAUCAAAUGUCAUCAUCGGGAAACUGGUCCUCUUCAGCAAAAGCCUACCCUCAAAAUAUGAGGAUUGGGAAGCUGGGACCAAAGCUUUGCUAGACAAAGAAUGUUUGGUAGGCGGGGGUUCAAUUGGGACCGUCUACAAGACUACCUUCGAAGGUGGGAUUGCCAUAGCAGUGAAGAAACUCGAGACACUGGGAAGGAUCAGGAGCCAGGAUGAGUUCGAGCAGGAGAUAGGACGCCUUGGAAACCUUCGGCAGGCCAAUCUGGUUGCUGUUCAAGGUUACUAUUGGUCAUCUAGCAUGCAACUAAUACUGUCGGAAUUCGUAUCAAGAGGGAAUCUGUAUGAUAAUCUGCAUGGACUUGGCUAUCCUGGCACCAGCGCUGGCUCUGGUAAUCCAGAAUUGAAUUGGUCUAGAAGGUUCUGCAUAGCAGUCGGAACUGCCAGAGCUCUAGCCUACCUUCACCACGACUGCAAGCCCCCGGUUCUUCACCUCAACGUCAAGUCCACUAAUAUACUCCUUGAUGACAACUAUACAGCGAAGCUGUCUGAUUUCGGUUUGGGAAAGUUGCUUCCCUUACUUGACAGCUAUGGUCUCACAAAGAUUCAUAAUGCAGUUGGAUACAUUGCACCAGAGCUUGCUCAGAGCUCAAGAAUCAGUGAUAAAUGCGACGUUUAUAGCUUUGGUGUCGUCCUCUUGGAGCUGGUAACUGGAAGGAAGCCGGUGGAGAGCAGCCCAUCCAGGAACGAAGUGGUGAUUCUGUGUGAAUACGUUAGAGGUCUUAUCGAGCAGGGCUCGGCCUCUGACUGCUUCGACAGAAACUUGAGGGGGUUCGUGGAAAACGAGCUCGUCCAGGUGAUGAAGCUGGGGUUGAUUUGUACCUCUGAAACACCCUCCAGGAGACCAAGCAUGGCUGAGGUAAUUCAAGUUCUUGAAUCUAUAAGAAAUGGUUCAGAAUCAUAACAAAUUGUGUAACUAGAGAUGUUCUUCACUUGGUAUAGGGAGAGGCCUUCUUGAUUCUUUUGUGUUCAUUGCAAAUUUAUCACAAUCAAUCAAUUGUUUGUUAGUUGGUAAUAAUGUUGUUAUUCUAUUCUUUUGUAGCUUAUGAAAUAAUUCAACGUUUAAGCAUUCGUAAAGUAUUAUAUUCAUUCAUGUUGGUUAA